AAACGCGCCGUGCGGACGUCGGUAACGGUCACCCGGGUACAUAUGGUCCCGCGUGUGACGCCGUCGCAUGUUUUUGCCGUUCGUGUAUGAAAACAGUCUCGUUGACAAUCGUCGCCCGCAGUCCACCGGUGCACGCGUCCACCUUGUUGGCUGGAGGACAUAGCUGGAGGAGACACGGCUCGCCCGUCUACGGAGGACGAUUGAGAGACGCUGCCGCUAUUGCGCCGCUCACUUAGCUUAUGUACGUUAUAUGCAUUAGUGUCGAAAUUAGUAUUGGGAAGGUAACUGGUUGUCAGGCGGACGGUCGCUGAGAGGCGUUUCAAAAUUUUCGAAGAUGAGCGACGAUCAGACGAACGAGCAAAGCCCGACUGCAGAGUUGUCGUCAAGCGAUAUAGAAAAAUUGGAAGAAGCAAAAUUAAAAGCAAAGUUCCCAAAUGCAGCCGGUCGACCGUUUGGUGGUCAUUCUGCAUUUUUGCAGAAAAGACUAGCUAAAGGGCAAAAAUAUUUCGAUUCUGGGGAUUAUCAAAUGGCAAAACAAAAAUCUGCAGCUAAGCCAAAGCCAGCUGGUGUUCUACCAACAGGAGACGCUAUACCAACACCAGAAACAGUACCUCAGCGAAAAACAUCUAUUAUUCAACAAAAAUUCAAUACAUCAACAACAUCUUCCUAAGUAAUUUCUGUCAUUUUUUAAAAUAUAUUUUGUUUAGCCCUUAAUUUGGAUGCUGGAGUAACAUGAUACAAUCAUAAAUAAUUAGAGUUUGAAAUAAUUUUAUUCUUGAAAAUUUUUUAAAAUAAAUACAGUAUCAAUUUCUUUAGAAGACUAACUAUUUUUUAACUGUUUAUUCUCAGAAUAGCAACUGUAAUGAAACAAGUGUUCUAUACGUAUGUGCCACAGUGCUAUAUAAGUUUUAUAAUAUAUGCAAGUAAACUAGUAUCCAGCUUGACAUUAUGUUCUUCUUAAUUGUCUGUUAUUCAGAUAAUUUCAUUUUGGAGAUUAAUUUUAUUUGAUUUACAGUAAAGAAUUAAGGAUAAGAAGAUUGCACAGAUUAUAUUAUUAACCAGCAAUAAAUAUGCAUUCUAAGUGCACAUAUGUAAAAACUUAUAUUCAGGAUACGAGAAAAGUACAUAAGUAGUAAUGAUAAAUGUGUAACAACAAGAGAAUUUAUCUUGGUGAUGUAUCAUGAUAAUUUACAUAUAAUCUAUAUUAUGCAUGAUAGUAAGAUUGAGAGUAAGAAGAUAUACAGAUCUGCAUUUUCAAAGCUGCUGUGAUGCACUCUUAGUAAGACUAUUUUCUUAUAUAAAAAAAUCAUAUUUACUGUAAAAAUCUGUAAUAUGAACAUAAUAAUUUUAAACGUAACUACAGUUUUGUUUAUUGUAAACUACAUUUAGUAAUAUAUUGCAAGUAUAAAA